AUGCACACGUGGCAAACUCCAGGAGCAGUCAGCACUGCUUAUCAUGGGACACGUGGCACCGGCGCCACCUCAUGGAUCCCACCAGAGGAAGACGCUACUCAAUUUCACCUACCGACAGCGAUGGUGAAUGGAGUUAUGGCCUUGUGGGACGGAGAGAAUGUGUGA